GGCUCUCCAUCACCCAUUGACAUGUCCUCCAAUACGCAACACAACAGAGACGGCAUGCAUGAAUAAUAAUUCAGAAGAGGACCUUCAUACGCACAUUAAUGCUACUUCAGUCCCUUAAUUCAAAGGCAGGAUAACUGAAAUGGCGACACUCCCAACACUUUCUACUACGUCAAUCCCCAAGAUUCUAUCUAGAAAUCCCGAAUCGUUUGAAACCCAGAAAAGGGAUUUUGUCAAGAAAAUCCCACAUUCAUCUGCUUUGAGAAUUGGUGUAAACUACUGCAAAAUUAGGUCAACAAGAUUGUAUGCUGGGCUUUCAGAAAUAGAGCCGGACUUGAAUGAAGAUCCAGUGGACAGGUGGAGGACCAAUGGGAUUGAUUCUGAAGAUUUUAAGUAUGGGAAGUAUGAUGACCACCAUACAUACUACGAAGGUGAUGAAAAAGGAUCAUUUUGGGGAUCAAUUGCAGAAGAUUAUGCUGCGAUUGGACCUCCUACAGGAUUCCAGGGUUUUAUCUCCUGGCUAUUCCUUCCAGCUGUUGCUGCUGGAAUGUACUUCAAUGUUCCGGGGGAAUACUUGUACAUUGGUGCAGCCAUUUUUACUGUCAUAUUUUGCAUAAUUGAGAUGGAUAAGCCAAGUGAACCUCACAACUUCGAACCUCAGAUUUACAAUAUGGAGAGAGGGGCUCGUGACAAGUUGAUAGCCGAUUACAACACCAUGGACAUAUGGGAUUUCAAUGAGAAGUAUGGUGACCUUUGGGAUUUCACUGUGAAGAAGGAUGACAUCAUGAAGAGAUGAAUAAAAUGCAAUUCGAUCAUGUUGGAGACCAAAAGACAUCACCGGAUAAGUGAUGUUGAGUUUGGAUAGCUUGUAGAGUGGAAAUUGCUGAGGAUGUUAUGCUUGAAGUCAAAGCUCUAAAGGCUCGAGUAGAGUUGGUAUAGUUACUGUAUCCCUUCUAACGGGAAAUGCCAGAAAUCUUGAAGAAACAGUACAAAUCUUCCAGAAUUUUUAAAUUUAGUCUCUUCUUCUAUUUAAGUACCACCGUGUAAACUGGCUUCCAAUUUAGAAUGUAUAUGAAAAAAACAAGUAAUGAAAAGAAAUAUUUCCUAGAUUUCUGUACUUACUUUCUGCAAAAUGUAAUUACAUGCAUAUAUGCAUUACUUCA